AGGACCUAUCUGUAGCUCCUGAGGUGUCUUGCUCCAGCACAAACAGCAUCUCACCAGCUGGGAAAGCACUGGCUUGCCUAAGGGGACUGCAGCAGGUUAAGUGCACAGAUGAACAAAAAUUCUUCCAACAUAAUGGCUUUGGCUCCUAGCACCUCCAACAGAAGAGAGACAGUGUGCAUAUUUGGAACUGGAGAUUUUGGAAGAGCUCUGGGGCAUAAAAUGAUUCAGUCUGGCUAUCCUGUUGUGUUUGGAAGCCGGAGCACACAGAUAUCCAGCCUGAUUCCCAAAGGUGCAGAGGUGUUGAGCCAUGCAGAGGCAGCACAGAAAGCUGCUGUCAUCAUUAUAGCAAUCCAGAGGCAAAAUUACAACUUCCUUACACCACUAACAGAAAUUCUCCAUGGAAAAGUCCUGGUGGACGUAAGCAACAACUUAAAAAUAAACGAGUAUCCUGAAUCCAACGCAGAGUACCUUGCUCAGCUGGUGCCUGGAGCUAAGGUUGUGAAAGCCUUUAACACUGUGUCAGCCUGGGCCUUGCAGUCAGGCACACUGGAUGCAAGCCGGCAGGUGUUUGUCUGUGGAGAUGACACGGAAGCUAAACAAAUAGUGAUGAAUAUUGUUCGUGCACUGGGUCUCACUCCACUAGAUCAGGGAUCCCUCUUGGCUGCUCAGGAAAUAGAAAAUUACCCUCUGCAGCUCUUUCCAAUGUGGAAGUUUCCCAUCCUUUUGUCCUUUGGCCUAGCUGCAUUCUUCUUCUUCUACUGUUUGAUUCGCAAUGUAAUUUAUCCUUAUGUUUAUGAAAACAAAGACUUUUCAUUUUUUAUUGCAAUUUCCAUUCCAAAUCGGAUCUGCCCUAUAUUAGCACUCACCCUUCUUGCCUUGGUUUAUCUUCCUGGUGUACUGGCUGCAAUUAUUCAGUUAUACAGAGGUACCAAAUACUGCCGUUUCCCAGACUGGCUGGACAAAUGGAUGCUCUGCAGGAAACAACUUGGACUAGUAGCCUUGGCAUUUGCUUCCCUGCAUGUUUUGUACACUCUUGUUAUCCCAAUCCGCUCCUUUGUAAAAUGGAGAAUGAGCAGCCAAAUCAUCUCCCAGGUACUGAACAAUAAAACAGAACCACUCGACACCACUAAUGCCUGGCUUAGUGACUCCUACUUGGCUCUGGGGAUUUUAGGAUUUUUUUUAUUUGUUCUUCUGGGAAUAACUUCCUUGCCUUCAGUCAGCAACAAUGUCAACUGGCGAGAAUUUCGAUUUGUACAGUCCAAACUGGGAUAUCUGACACUGAUUUUGUGCACUGCACACACGCUGGUUUAUGGUGGAAAACGGUUCCUGAAUCCAUCAUCAUACCGAUGGUAUCUUCCGAAUGCCUAUAUGCUCUCCCUCAUUGUUCCGUGCAUGGUGCUGGUUGUCAAAUUUGUGCUGAUAUUUCCUUGUCUAGACAAACCUCUCACGCGAAUUCGACAGGGCUGGGAGAGGAAUCCCCAAUACUCAGAACAGUCAAAUUACAUUAUUAACAAGUCUGCUGUAUAAUUAAACUAACCAGAAUUAUCAAAAACAAGAAAAAAUAUUAUGAAGGCAUAUCAAAAUGAAAUCAUGAGCCUCCUUUAUCUGGAGAGCAAGAGAAAAAGUUAAAAACUUGGCCAGACCCUGUUUAAAAUAAAGCCACCCCAGUGACAAGCUUAAAAUACAAAUCAAAUGAGGCCAUUGAAUUCCUGCACCCCAGACAUGCUUUCACACAGGUGCAGGCCCUCUCUUUUGCUCAGUAUAUUCUCCCUUGCCUAUUCAUCCUCCAUUCCUAAGAAGAGUAUGAGAGAAGUAAGUGAUGCUCCUCUGUUGUUACAAACCUCCUCCAGGGCUCGGCAGAACUGGAAUAACCUUUGGUGUUCGAUGGUGUCUUCCCUAUCCUGCCCAUUGCGACUCAGGUCUACAUGCACCUACACAUAUCCACACAGAUCCACAUGCACACGUGCAUGAACACAAACCCUGCUUCCACCCCAGAAGCCACCAGCACCCACAGAACAGCAGGAUGGAUCCUGACUGAGGAAGAGCUCUCUUCCUCCCAGCAUUAGUUUAUCCUCCACUAAUAUCUGAUCCAAAACAGACCUCUGUUCAUACCUUAAUGACAGCCGAGUAAGAUCUGUGUGGUUUACGUACAGGAACUCUAAUGUUCAAAGAGCAUGGGGCAAAGGUUACUGAAUCCUUGCUUGUACUGCUCUACCAGAAACUCAGGUGGCAAGGGGAUGGAGAAGGGACCAAAAUGGCAGAAAGAUGUGAGAUGUGCUCAGGAGCCUAAGCUUCUCAAGUAUAGGUGAAAAGUGAUCAGUGAUUUUUUUGUGUAAGCAGCAAGGAAAGAAACUGAAGGAAAAUCCUAUUAUAUUAGGGGGUUGUAAUAUGUGUCAUGGUUAUAUCUCAUUAAGAUAAUAUUGUUGAUUUUUCAAAAAAUAGAUCUU